UCUUUAUAAGAAUCUUCCUCUUUCUCCCUUAAAUUAGGUAAUAAAGUGAGUUCCUUGAUUGCUACUCUAUUCUCAAGUGAACAAUUCCUUAACACUAUAACCUAUAUCUACACUUCCAAUUUCAUUCCCCACUCUCCAAGAGGAUAAACUUCUAAGGCAAUGCCCUUCAAUUUUAAGCCACCUUCCCAAAUCAUACCCACCUUCCCUCCUUUACACUAUCUUUUCAUUUUCUACAACGCCUUAAAAUUCUUCCAUUAGAUAACUAUUCCAUUAACAACUUCAUACCCAAAAACUCAAGCAAAACAGAGUCAAUCUUGUCUUUGUUAGAGUUUACAAUACUAAAACAACAUCUCUGAUCUUCUUUCAGCCUACCCUGUUAGUAAUCUUGAUUGGUUCAUUAACAAAUUCUUACUCAAAAAUUCAAGAAAACAUAAUUGAAUUUUGCCUCGGUUAGAGUUUAUACAGCUGAAAAUCUUUCUUCAGCCUACCCUGUUAGUAAUUUUAAUUAUUCCACUAACAAAUUCAUACUUAAAAACUCAACCAAUCAAACCACCCAAAAGAGCGACUCACCGGUCGAUUCUCUUUUCUUUCCUCAGCCUAUCUUGAUAUGGCAACAUACAUGACAGAAUCGUCUGAUCAUGGAUGUAACUUUAUAGGAUCAUUAUUCCAACGAAGAAGUCUAUGUUCUCGAAAAUCAUCAAUUCGAUCUUUACCUUCAAAUUCAAACCACGAACAACCAACAGAUAACAAACAACAGAUUGACAAUUCUGUUCCUGAAAUUAUCAAAUUCAGAACAGAGAAAAAAUAUGUCAAGCCCAAUUUAGCAAGUCCAAGAGCAUCAACUUCUUCAUUACGUACUAAUUAUAGUAACAUUAGCCACCAAAGCCGAAGAUUUUCUGACGUAGCACGCGUCUCCACAACUACAUCUUCAUCGACUUCUACAGUCUCAAAAUCGAACAGAAUCGAUUCUGAUCUUCCCUUAAACAAUGGAACCCCGCGAGCUUCGCCUACAGGAAAUAUACUUCAAUUAGCCCAAAUCAGUGGCUCAAAACAGAAAAUUGGUGUUCUUAAUAACACAAUUAUAAAUAAAAACAUGGAUUAUGUUAAUAAUGGUACAAUGGGGAAUAUAAUUAGGAGAAAUAGUGUUGAAGAAACAAGAUUUCAGAGUAAUUUAAUGUGUAAAUUAGACCCUGAGGAGUUAAAAUUGUUGGGUAAUGAUAAUUAUAAACAGGGUAAAUAUGAGGAAGCUUUGGAAUUGUAUGAUCAAGCUAUAAGUAUUGAUUCAAAUAUUGCUGCGUAUAGAAGCAAUAAAAGUGCUGCUUUGACUGCUCUUGGUAGGAUUUUAGAGGCUGUUUUUGAGUCAAGAGAAGCUGUUAGGAUUGAUCCUUUUUAUCAACGUGUUCAUCAUCGCCUUGCCAUGCUUUAUUUCAAAUUGGGAUAUGCAGAGGAAGCAGUGCACCAUUUCAAUCUUUCAGGAAGCAUAGCAAGUUUUAGAGACUUAACACAAGCCAAAGCACUUGAAGCUUGCCUUAGUAGGUGUAAUGAAGCUAAGGAGCACAAAAACUGGACUACCCUUUUAAGACACACACAUGAAGCAGUAGCAAUGGGUGCCGAUUCUUCAUUACAGAUCAAUGCGCUUCAAAUUGAAGCCUUUUUGAAUCUUCUUAGGCAUGAUGAAGCAUAUGAAACUUUUAAGAGGGCACCUUCUUUUGAUAUGGAUUUAUAUACUCAGUUAUUCGGUGAAACGAAAACUGUUUGUUUUUACUUAAUCAAAGCUCAAGUUUACAUGGCAACAGGCAGAUUUGAAGAAGCAAUUUCAGCAGCUGAAAAAGCAGCACAACAUGAUCCAAACCGAAAAGAAGCAAGGGCAAUGGUAAUAAGAACUCGGUCUGUAUCGUUAGCUCGAUUAAAGGGAAAUAAGCUGUUCAAAGAGUUAAGAUAUUCAGAGGCUUGUAGCAUAUAUAGUGAAGGGCUAGAAUAUGAACCUUACAAUGCAGUGCUUCUAUGCAAUAGAGCAGCAUGUAGGUCUAAACUAGGCCAAUUUGAGAAAGCAUUGGAAGAUUGUACUUUAUCACUAUGUUUACAGCCUUCUUAUAGUAAGGCUAGGCUAAGAAGGGCUCAUUGCAAUUUCAAGAUGGAAAGAUGGGAAGCUUCUAUACAAGAUUAUGAGAUCUUGUUGAGUGAAAAACCUGGGGAUGAGGAAGUGGGUAGAGCUUUGUUUGAAGCAAAGAUUCAAUUGAAGAAACAACAAGGGGAAGAUGUUAAGGAUUUGAAGUUUGGUUCUGAUGUGGUUUUGGUUACUAGUGUUGAGUGUUUCAGACUAUUGAUCACUUCUCCAGGGAUGUCAGUGGUGCUUUUCUGCGGCAAGGGGAACCAGGAUAAGGGAUUGUCACUCCUCCAACAAGUUUGUGUAAAGUUUCCAUCUAUCAAUUUCCUUAAGGUAGAGGUAGAAGACCAUCCAUACAUAGCAAAGUCAGAGGAAGUGACCAACAUUCCUGUCUUCAAAAUCUACAAGAAUGGAUCAAGAGUCAAAGACAUUCCAGGAAACAAUCUUGACUUACUACUAAAUACUGUUAAAUUGUACAGCACUUAAAACACAAACCAAAUUACAUCCUCAAAACAAACAAACAAUUUUGCCCAUACCCGCCUUAAAUGGUGCAAAUACAAUGAGAAAUCCAUAUAAUUUUAAUAGCUUAUCAUUUUUAAGACUUAACUCAUUCAUAUUACCGACACCUUUUAAGGAUUAAAAAGGAAAGUAAGGGCGUGGAGCAGCAAACACUACAGGUACAAGCAAACAAGUCAACAUCCUUUAAUUUUUCUUUUUUAGACUUUUCAAUAAGAGUAAUGGUAUUUAGGCAGGAUAUUUUAAAUUGAGUGAAUUUUUAGGCAGGAUAUUUUAAAUAAGAGUAAUGUAUUUUAAACAAGUCAACACCUCUUAUCUUUUUGUUUUGUCUCGUUAUUUGUCUAAAUAAGAGUAAUGGUAUUUAGGCAGGAUAUUUUAAAUUGAGUGAAUUUUUAGUUUUUAUAUGUACGUAAAUAUGUAAACAAUCUGAUUUAAUAUUUAUAUAUUUGCAUUUAAAUUGCUUCGGGUUGAGUUGAAUUAUUUCAUUUUAAUUAACCACAUCAAAUUUAUACAACUCUAAUAAAGGCUUUAUGCUAAUCGUCGUGCUAAACUUAAUGACACUGUUGGAUGUGCAUCUCAAGUUUCACAUUAAAAUCCAA